CGCGACCCCAGUGGUCACUGGCACUACAUUGGAGCGCACGGCUCUGCCAGGAACCAGUCGUCGACCUCGACCGCGCGCUCCUGGACCUGCAGCCAGUGCCACCACGUGAACACGAGUCCGAAGGCGUGCCAGACAUGCGGGCUCAAGCGCACGUACGGCGAGGUGGUCAAGAACGGCCCCAAACCUUCUACACCUCCCACGGCUGCACCCCAGCAGAACCCAGUGCGCGCGCAGCUGUCCACCAUCACGGACACGCUGACCAAGCUCCACGAGUCACCUACUAUUACUUCGCCUGCGGAGCGCUCGCUGGCGAAGUAUCCCGUCCACUCCCAGGGCGACGUGCUGACCAAAGCCCAGCUCCAGGCCCGCGUCAAGCAGCUCGAGCAUGUUCUGGCUACGAUCCCCGAGGAGGACGAUGCCGAGUUGGCUUCCGAGCGCAUCUCGCUCACGACGCGCCUCGACGACUACAAGCGCCAGAUCGUGGGCUCCAAGCCGAUCGGCGCCCGCAUCGACGGCACGAGGGCUGCGCUGGGACGUGCGCGGGCUCGCCGCGAGGAGGCCGAGCAGGCCCUCAAGGCGUCCACGCUUUUGGUCAAGCAGUCCACCGACGAGGUGACCGCUUUGGAGGCCGAGCUGAGCGAGCUCGAGGCGUCCCUGGCCGCUGAUCCCAUGGCGGCGGAGGCGUUUGCUCCAGCGUCCCACGCAUUCGAGAUCCUGAACCAGAUGAUCGAGCACUUGAAAAAGGACGAGCACGUCCACCCUGGCCACGUCCAGGCAGCGACGCAGCACGUCCAGCAGCUUUUCGAGGGCUUCCAGGCCACGCUGAACCAGGCCGUGGCCACUCGUGCUGCUGCCGCGGGGGUCCAGCCCACUCCUGCCGGCUACAGCGUGAAGGCGAUGGCGACUGCGGCUGCGACGCCCGCGACAGUGCGCGGUCCUGCCGGCGGUUCUUUGGUGCGGCACCAUGGCAAGCAGAAGCACAGGGAGCUGAUCACCGAUUACUUCACGAAGCGCAAGGUCGUGAAGUCCAUCACCAAGGUCAGGAGCCCUAGGCGCCGUCUGCGCUUGUGCUGCGCCUGGCGCCGCGCCGCCAACUACCGUUUCAAGUACACCACCUUCAUGUUCAUGGUUGGGGGGGCUGCUUACCUCUCCUAUUUCCGCCCCGCCUCCGGCACGACAUGUGGUCCGGAGCUGCUGUCCACAGUUCCGCGCGCCGCCUCCGAGCAGACCACUGCCACCGGCAACGUCUGCACCUUCCGACCGCAGGAGGAAUCCGCUGCUGGCGUCCAGGUCGCUUUCCAGCUCAUGCUUGGGAAGGUCCAGAUCCUCGAGCAGUAUUUCAUUGGCGCUCACCUCGACUACGUUUUCCUGCAGGAAGGGCGCGCUCGUGUCGAAGAGGUUCGCACGGGCCUCCACUACACCAUGUAUGUCGGGGCCGGCGACGACGACGGCGGCCACGGGUGCCAGAUCUGGAUUCGCGCCCGGUCGGGCUUCAAAGUCUCCUCGCACGCAGCGGUGUCCCCCCGUCUGUUCUGGUUGACAGGCCGCGACGCUUGCGGGUUGCCGCUGAUCCUUGUCAGCGCGCGCGCCCCCACUGAGGCAUCACCAGCCAUUGAACGCGAGGGAUUCUGGGACACGCUGCUGAGCACGAUGUCCCCCCUGCAACGCCGCGCGCCCACCGCCAAGAUCUCCAUGGGCAUCGAUGCCAACGCACGUGUUGGCCCACGCCACUCUGGCGCGACGGUGCCGCGUGACCCUGAGGAGAUCUCCCAGAACGGCGCUGCGCUGAUCGCCACGCUCCAGGAACUCCAGCUGGCCGCCCUGAACACUCUCUUCAAUGUCGGCUAUACUUGGCGCUCUGGGAAGGGCCCCACGUCGCGGAUAGAUUACUUGUGCGGACCCUUAGUGGACCUCCCGGCCGUCCACAAAGUGUACGUCCCCGAGCGGGUUCAGCUGUCCAUCACUACGCGCGAGGACCACCGCAUGGUCGCUGCGCACAUGACCGCCCCCACGCGCGGUGGCGACACUGUGGGCCCCCCCGCGCCGUUCCGCUUCAACAAGUGGCGCCUCGGUGACACCGCGUGCGCGCAGCAGGUCGCGCGACGCAUGUCCGAGCUGCGUCUGUCGACGCAUGGCGACAUUGACGACAAGACCACGACCUUCAUGGACCACGUCCGCUCCUCGGCACUGCAAGCCCUUGGCCGCCCGCAAGAUCAACCCCGCCAGCCGUGGAUAUCUGGAGACACAUGGCGGCUGCUCCGUACCCUGGCCCCGUCGCGCAGGACGAUGUACCGGGCUCGUGCCGAGAUCUUCAAGGCGCAUUGCCACCUCGCCUUCCUGAGCUGGUCACCCCUGUGCCCCUCCGCGUUCUCGAUGACUAACGCUCCCCCCACGCGAUCGGGCUGGGCGGCCAAGUGCGCGCCCCCCUCCCUGCGAGCACUCCGGCAGCAGUGGCGCCUGCUGAACGCCGCCACCACCCGCCUCUGCAGCCAGCUCACACUCUUCCUCGAGACGAAGGCUCAGGAGGCGCAGCUGGCUGCCGUUCGCCGGGAUUGGUGCACUACCUUUGGCGUCGUACGCGCGCUCAGUGGUCGGAGCGCCAGCUCCUCCACGCAUCCAGUCCGCCUGGAGUCUGGAGCUCUGUCCAGCACCGAGGCGGAGCGGCAGGGGCGCUGGCAGGAACAUUUCCGGGACGUCUUCAAUGGCAAGCCGGUCACCAUGGCCGAGCUGAAGCUCAAGCCGACGCCUCCGCCGGACCCCUUCACCAGCGGCAUCGUCGUCCUCCCCGAUGCCGCGGGCGCGUCGCUCCUCCAGCUUGGGCGCAACAAGGGGGCGGGCCGCGAUGGCGCCCCCUCGGAGCUGCUGGCGGCCGGCGGCGACGCCGUCAACGAACCCCUGGCGUCCAUCUUCCAGGACAUCAUCGACGGCGAGCGCUGGCCAACCUCCUGGACAGGCGGGCGCAUGCAGAACGUAUGCAAGAAGAAGGGGCCGCGCGAGGAGCGCGACGAGUCCUGCGGGAUUGCCCUCGAGGACCACGCGGCCAAAGGCUUCAAGCAGCCCCUCAGUGGCCUCGUGACCCCCAUGUGCAACGCCCACAUGGGGCUGUUGCUGGGGCUCUCAGUCUCGUGCUUCGUCUGGUUCGUGGACCUUGUCAAGGCGUUUGACCGGGUCGUGCGCGAGAUCGUUCUGGGCUGGCCCCACGCCGCCACAGACCCAGAGCAAUAUCUACGAGACCUUGGUCUCAGCGAUCAUCAGGCCCAGUGGAUAGCUACUUGGGUUGCUCGCCGUGGAUGCCUAUUCGAGCAGUGGGGCGUGUCGCCGAAGGUGAUCCGGCUGCUCAAGAACACGCGCGCGGCCUCGUGGUUCUCUUACGGCGAUUGCGACACCACCGUCGCCACGCUGGUCGGCGGCCGUCAGGGCUGCAAAUACGGCGCCACGGUAUUCAACUGCACGUUCUCCCUGGCCAUGGUCUUGAUCCGGGAUGCCGUGCUCGACGCUGGCAUCAUUCUGCGGCUGCCCAAAGGACGCGAUGCGUUCUGGGCGCCGCCAGAGAGCGGCACCGACCACGCCGAAGACACCAUGCUAGUGGUCGACGCCGCAUUCGUCGACGACGAGUGCUUCAUUCUGACGGCCCCCCGCGCGGCCGACCUCGACAGCGCGAUCAACGCAAUACUUACGGCAGUCUGCAAUAUUUACGAGAGCGUGAACUUGGCGAUCAAUUGA